AUGCAACCUACGGCUUCAGCAUACGAGACCACAUACGAAACUCGGCAGGAGGUGGCCGUGCCUAUCGCAUUCAACGGCGCAUUUCUUCGAGAUAAACAUGGCAUUUUAAAAAUAGUCGAGAUUGUGCUCACCAUAAUCAUAUUCAUCUGUGUGGGUUCCAGUUUUUCUUUUGGUGCGAGCGCUGCAGGCGGAUGGAUCAACUUCACCGCUGCCAUCUCCCUCAUCAUCUCUGUCUUCUUUCUCAUCAUCUUUUUGUUUAACUUCAUUCACCGUCUGCCCGGGCCCUGGGUUCUUAUCCAUUUCACCGUAUUUCCACUUAUCGCCGUUACUGUUUCACCGAUUCCCCAGGGCUUGCGUUCGACCGUCUUCUGCCUGCCCGAGUAA